CAGGCCAGGAAGAAGACAGGCGCACACACGUACACCCGACACACACUCUCCAGGCGCAGAACCAAACACCACGUAGCGUAGUCCAAGGGGAAGCAGGAAUCUUUGUCCCCUUUCAGACCACAGCGUUGUCCAGCAUGGAGCUUUUUGAGACCAACCCUUACUUCUACCCCGACCAGCGCUUCUACGAGGGAGGGGACAGCUACUUCCCCUCUCGCCUGCCUGGGGGGUACGACCAAUCUUCCUACCAGGAUAGGAACUCCAUGAUGGGCAUGUGUGGUAGUCUGUCUGGGGGUGUUGGAGUUGGGGUGACAGGAACAGAGGACAAAGCCUCUCCAGACAGCAUGUCCCCUCACUCCGAGCCCCACUGCCCGGGUCAGUGCCUGCCUUGGGCCUGUAAGCUGUGCAAAAGGAAGACGGUUACCAUGGACCGUCGGAGAGCGGCCACAAUGAGGGAGAAGAGGCGCCUGAAGAAGGUGAACGAGGCCUUUGAAGCUCUGAAGAGGAGCACCCUGAUGAACCCAAACCAGAGGCUGCCCAAGGUGGAGAUCCUGCGGAGCGCCAUCCAGUACAUCGAGAGGCUGCAGGCGCUGGUGUCUUCACUCAACCAGCAGGACACUGAGACAGGACAGCAGGGACUGCACUACCGACCCAGCACCACCCUGCCCAGAGUGUCGUCGAGUGAGCCCAGUUCAGGCAGCACCUGCUGCAGCAGCCCCGAGUGGAGCAGCACUCCAGAGCAGUGCACGCAGAGCUACAGCAGCGAGGAUCUCCUGAGUGCCGCUGACUCUCCGGAGCAGGGGAACAUGCGCGCCCUGACCUCCAUUGUGGACAGCAUCACUGCAGCAGGCUCAUCGGUGGCCUUUUCUGUGGAACUUUCCAAGUAGACCCUCCAACACUGCGGACCCAUAGGUGCACAUAGAGCUACUGACAAAAAAAGAUAAUUGGUAAAUCAAAC